ACGUAAACUAUAUAUUUUUAGUACUAAAUGCAGUAAAUUUUGGAACGUAGCCACAUACAUUGGAACGUAGCUUCGAUUGUUUUGUGUAUAACACACUUUACAAUUUCGCGCUGAUAAAUCAUUGGGAAAUUUCGUAGUCGAAACGUUUCAUGAUCGGUGACCCCGUUCGCAGAUGACAGAUCGUCCCGGCAAAGUUCUAUUGUAAAGAAAAAUGGCUGCAACGGCGAAGACAGUACUACCUGAGGAAAGUGAGCUAACCGUUCAGGAGCUCAACGUCAGCUGGCCGGUAUUACAAACCGCAUCCGUUUACAUCGGCAAGGCCUGCGAAUGGUAUAAUAAUGAAUUUAUGUUGUGCAGACAAGAAGAAUGUGAUCCACGUCGCUGUCUCAAUGAAGGAAAAGCAGUGACCUCUUGUGCAUUGGAUGUUCUUAAAAAAAUGAAGAAACACUGCUUAGAAGACUUUAAUGCUUACAUGUAUUGCCUUGAGAGAUCAUCAGGAACAUUAGAUUUUGCCCCAUGCAGACAAACACAAGCUGCCUUGGACGAUUGUGUUCGUACAAAUUUAAAUAUAGAGCGUCCACCUUUUGGCUACUUUUGUGAAGCUAAAGUGCAUAACACAUCGAGGCCACGACCGCCAAAACAGGAACCUAUAACAUUUCCAGAUCCAACUCCUGGGCUGCCAGCUGACAUACCACGUGAGAAAUCAAAAUAUAGCAAUCGCUUAUGGUUUAAAUCCUAAAUCUUUCAACAGACAUUGCUAUAGUACUGUGGUCACUCUGUGAAAAUUAUGUUUUCAAGACUAGGGACGCAUCAGGUAACUAAAUUGUUAUAAUAGGAAAAUAAACGUGUGUAAUUUUCAGUGCGUUUAUCAAACGCACAUAGAAUGUAGAAACGUUCCUUUCAUAUGAAAACAUAGAAUUGUACAUGUUCUGUAAAUAUAAGCAUAUUAACAGCAAAAUAAGUGAUAAUUUGCUUUCAUUGUUACACCUUGUACAAAUACAAAGGAAGCAUAUAAAUAUACUCUUUGUUUGUCCAUCUUAA